AUGAUGGCUGAGAGUGUUCAGAGUUUUGAGGGGGACCAGGCGACUGCGACUGCAACUACAAGUACUCGUUUUUCUCAGUUAUUGUUUGGUGGUGGUGGUGAUGAUGAUCUUGGCCAGGGUUUUAACAACAGUCCUUUUGAUGUUGGUGAUCAUGACAAGACCCUCAAAAUGCUUUGCUUUGGGGGCCAUCAAAAUGGUGAGAUAGUAUUUGGUCAAGAAUCUGCUAUUAUUGCUACUAAAAAACCUGCUGCUGGGGUCGCAUGCAGUGAUUCUUCGUCCGCUUCUUCUGGUAACAACACCAAAUCCUUCAAGGCUCCCUCGAAAUCUAAUGUGAAAGGCUUACUUUUUAAAGACCCAAAGAGGAAUGAUGACGCCAUUGUUGACGCUCAACCGGCAAGCCGAAUAACCAGUAAAAAGUCAAAGGUUGAGAACCCCGCCACCGGCCAUGCAAAGGUGAGGAAAGAGAAGAUAGGGGAUAGAAUCACAGCAUUGCAGCAGCUGGUUUCACCUUUUGGCAAGACAGAUACGGCAUCAGUACUCCAUGAAGCGAUGGGUUAUAUCAGGUUCGUGCAUGACCAGGUUCAAGUCCUUUGUUCUCCUUACCUGCAACACCCACCUAACGGUGGCGAAGAAGCAGGGAAGGAGCUGAAGAGCAGAGGGCUAUGUCUGGUCCCUGUUGCCUGCACUUUGCAUGUGGCGAAUAGCAACGGUGCCGAUUUUUGGUCGCCGUCAAUGGGAAACAAUAUAAUAUGAAGCAGUGGUGGCAUUGUUGUGUGAGAAAUUUUGACAGAUGAUUUUGAAAUGGAUCAUCAAAAGGGGUAA